AUAGUUAUGAGAUAGAAUCGAAGGAACUGGAAGCAAGACGAGCCAUAAUAUACGUGCGUGUUUGCAAGAAAGAGAUCACUACUCUUUCAGUUUCCAAGCUCCAACCUCCAAAUUCAUAUAAAACUAGCGCUCGUCUCCCCUCGACCUAACCAUCAUAUUUAACGGAGACGGCGGUCCGACGAUACCGAAUUCCAGCUCCUCCGUACACUCCUCCGUCCACUGCCACUAUUUCGAUUUUUAUUUUUCACCAUUUGGUCUCGCAUUUUCUUUCCAGUUUUCUGAUUUCUUGAUCGAAUUUAGAAUUCUUGAUCUAUGGGAAUCUCAAUUGGUGAGAAAGCGUUAGGAAAAUCUUCGUAAAAUAUAAAAGGAGAUGGCGGGGAAAAAUCAAGGGCCCAACAUGGAUCAGUUCGAGGCGUACUUUAGAAGAGCGGAUUUGGACGGCGAUGGUAGGAUCAGUGGAGCUGAAGCUGUUGCUUUCUUUCAGGGAUCCAGUCUGGCCAAACAAGUUCUUGCUCAGAUAUGGAUGCAUGCUGAUCAGAACAAAACUGGUUUCCUUGGUCGUGUAGAAUUUUAUAAUGCUCUCAAACUUGUAACUGUGGCACAGAGUAAACGAGAAUUAACCCCAGAUAUUGUCAACGCAGCACUAUAUGGUCCGGCUGCUGCUAAAAUUCCUCCACCGCAAAUCAAUCUUGCAGCCACAUCUGUGCCUCAAUUGAAUUCAACGGGUGCUGCAUCUGCCCCACGGAUGGGUGCAGUUGCACCAACAUCCUCUCAAAAUGUUGGCUUUAGAGCACAAGGAGUGCCAAAUCCUAGUAUGAACCAGCAUUAUUUUCCUUCUCAGCAAAAUCAGUCCAUGAGACCACCUCAAGUUAUGCCAUUACCUUCUGUUACUGCUUCCCACCCAUCACAGGGGACUGCUAGUCCAGACCUUGCUAGGGGAGGUAAUAUGUUAGGUCCCAAUGUCCCAAACUCAAAUAUCUCAAAUGAUUGGCUCAGUGGACAGGCUGGUUCAGUUCCUAAUGGGCCCAGAGGUAUUGGUCCAUCAACGCCCUUGCAAGCUUCACAGCUGCAAUCUCCAGUUUCUAUGACCUCCCAGCCAACAGCUAAUGCCUCUAAAGCGUUAGUUGUUUCAGGAAAUGGGUUUGCUUCUGGGCCAAAUUCUGUUAGUAGUACUUCUGCCUCUUCUGCCAUCACUCCUGUUUCUGCUGUACCUCAACCUUUGGGUAAGCAGAGCUCACUCGAUUCAUUGCAAAGUGCAUUCUCAAUGCAACCUGUUGCUGCACCUCAACCUUUGGGUUCAACGAUGACAGCCUCAGCUCCAGGUUCUUCCUCAAUCACAUCAUCUGGGAUUUCGGCUGGACUUGGAAAUCCUACUUCUGACAAUACGCACCUUCAUUGGCCAAAGAUGAAACCAUCUGAUGUUCAGAAAUAUACAAAAGUUUUUUUGGACGUAGACAUUGACAGGGAUGGGAAAAUCACUGGUGAGGAGGCACGGAAUCUAUUUUUGAGCUGGAGAUUACCUAGAGAGGUCUUAAAGCAGGUGUGGGACUUAUCCGACCAGGAUAAAGAUAGCAUGCUGUCUUUGAGGGAAUUUUGCUUUGCUCUUUAUAUGAUGGAAAGAUACAGGGAAGGCCGCCCUCUGCCAGCUGCUUUGCCACCUAAUGUCAUGUUUGACGAGACACUGCUGUCUAUGACAGGUCAAUCCAAGGUCCCUUGUGGGAACGCCGCUUGGGGCCCCAGGCCUGGUUUUGGACAGCAGCAAGGGAUGCAAGGUGCCCGGCCGAUUGCACCUGCAACUGGUUUGAGGCCUCCAAUGCAGGUAAGUGCCCCCCAGGCUGAUAGUGUAUCGCAAUCCAAUCAGCAGAAAUCUGGAGUGCCUGCAUUGGAGGAUUCCUUUGUAAACCAACUUGAUACCAGAGGACCAAAUUCAAUGAACUCAAAGCCUCCAGAGGCAACAACUGCUGGGAAAAAGGUUGAAGAAACACAAAACGUGAUAUUGGAUUCUAAAGAGAAGCUCAAGUUCUACCGCACCAAAAUGCAAGAACUUGUUCUAUAUAAAAGCAGAUGUGAUAACAAACUAAAUGAGAUCACAGAAAGGGCAUCUGCUGAUAAGCGUGAGGCAGAGUCUCUGGGUUCGAAAUAUGAAGAGAAGUACAAGCAAGUGGCAGACAUAGCAUCUAAGUUAACCAUUGAAGAGGCUAGAUUUUGUGAUAUUCAGGAGAGGAGGGUGGAGUUGCAUCAAGCAAUUGUUAACAUGGAACAUGGAGGCAGUGCAGAUGGUAUCCUUCAGGUGCGAGCUGACCGUAUUCAAUCAGAUCUUGAGGAGCUGCUGAAGGCUCUAACUGAACGUUGCAAGAAACAUGGAUUGGAUAUUAAGUCGACUGCAUUGAUUGAGCUUCCAAUUGGUUGGGAACCUGGAAUUCAAGAAGGAGCAGCUCUUUGGGAUGAAGAGUGGGAUAAGUUUGAAGAUGAAAGUUUUGUUAAUGAUCUCACUCUUGAUGCAAAAAAUACUUCCAUCUCUCCAAGACCAAAAUCUGCAUCUGUUCACAUGGAAAAAUCGUAUGGUGAUGAUAGUUCACCCCAUGAUUUAUAUGCUAAUGGAAAGCCAGGCAAUUCUUUGAGCCCUGAACCUGCCUUGGAGAGUGAAUCUGCUUAUUCCCACAGUGAAGAUGAAUUGGCCAGAAGCCCUCGGGAUAGUCUGGCUGGAAGGACUCAAUUAGAGAGUCCAUCUCAAGAAUUUUCAGAUGUUCAUUAUGGAAAAGGUUUCGAAGCAGAUUCAGAAACACAUAGAAGUUUUGAUGAAUCAACGACAUGGGGUGCCUUCGACAAUAAUGACGACGUGGACUCAGUGUGGGGAUUUAAUACUACCACUAUCAAGUACUCGGAUAAUGAGAAGCACAAAGAUAUCUUUAGAUCUAGUGAGUUUGAUGUAAAGCCAGUAAGAACAGGGUCCUCACGUGCAGAAAGCAUCUUUCCGACAAAGAGCCCAUUUAUGUUUGAAGAUUCUGUUCCGGGCACUCCGAUGUCCAGGUUUGGAAAUUCUCCAAGGUACAGUGAGGCGGGGGAUCACUUCUUUGACAACUCCACAAGGUUUGAUUCCUUUAGCAUGCAUGACGGCGGAAUUUCGCCACGGGAGAGGUUUACAAGGUUUGAUUCCAUGAGCAGCAGCAAAGAUUUCGGCUAUGGUGGUGACAGGCUUACAAGGUUUGAUUCUAUGAGCAGCACCAAAGACUUCAGCCACAGUGGUGCUGGUGCAUUUACUUUUGAUGACACAGACCCCUUCGGAUCCUCUGGCCCAUUUAGGGUCUCAUCAGAGAAUCAAACGCCGAAAAGUUCGGAUAAUUGGAGUGCUUUCUAGCUGGCAAUUUACCUAGCUUUUGUACUGCCUCCCUUCUUUUCCCCAUUUUUUUUUUCGAGGUGUUAAUGGUAGCCAUUUUGUUGUUGUAAUGUAUAGCUUGGAAUUAAAUCCCAACACUAGUUUUUUUGUAUGGUUUGACUAUGGCCUUAUAUUAUGUCGAGUACAUUCUGCCUUUGUAUUU